GCGGGGUUCCUCAGGCUAGGUUGUACCGGGGCGCGGGCGGGAGAGCGGCGACAGAGGCGCCCUGAGUUAUGAAUAGGGUUGCUCCACAGAGGGAUAACAUCUCAUAAAUGGAAUCAAAGUAAGCUGCAAGGUUAGGAAAGAAUUGUGGAGUGCAUGCUCUUAGAAAACUUCCCAAAUGAAGUCUAUGAGACCUGAGACAAUGGAGCCAUUGCCUGAACUCUAUGACGUCUUCCAAGGAGAGGUUGCUGCUGUAACAGAAUAUGGGGCAUUUAUAAAAAUUCCAGGCUGCAGGAAACAAGGCCUUGUCCAUAGAACCCACAUGUCAGCCUGUCGGGUGGACAAACCCUCGGAGAUGGUAGAUGUUGGAGACAAAGUAUGGGUGAAGCUUAUUGGAAGAGAGAUGAAAGAUGACAAGUUGAAGCUGUCUCUUUCCAUGAAGGUCGUCAACCAAGGAACAGGAAAGGACCUUGAUCCAAACAACGUUGCCCUUGAUCAGGAUGAGCGGAAGAAACGUUCAUUCAGAGACUACACUAGUCAGAAGAUUACCCUGGAAGCUGUCUUGAACACUGUCUGCAAAAAAUGUGGUUGCAAAGGUCAUUUUGCCAAAGAGUGUUUCAUGCAGCCUGGGGGAACCAAGUAUAGUCUGAUACCGGAGGAGGAGGAGGAGACAGCAGAAUAUGACGGUGAUAAAAAGUCCAGCCAUGCUGAGAAUUCUUCAAAGAAAAAAAAAAAGGAAAAGAAGAAGAAAAAGAAACACAAGAGCAAGAAGUCAUCAGAGUCCAACAAUUCAGACAGCUCCGACUCGGACAGUGAUGGGGCUCAGCCAGCCAGCAAGAGGGCCAAGCAUUCGGAGAAAGCUAGUAAGCCUCAGAAGAAGAAGAAGAAGAAAAAGAAGCAUAAGAAAAAGCACAAGGAAUGAGGAGGAGAGGAGCUAGAAAGGGGCACUGGUGUUGUCAACUCUCUGCCUGACUGCUCUAGCCUUCUAGAGUAAACUACCUGGGAGAGGGUAGAGUUAAAUCACUACACGCUUGUUUCAGGGAUGAAGAACUUCCUUCUAAAAGCAGCAUUCAGCUAUUGAUGUUAAAGAUGUUGACUUUGAAAUUAAUUAUCCACUAUAAAGUUACACAGGCUGCCAUUCUCCUGCUGAGAGCCCACUGGUUGUGCCUGCCAAAAUAGAUUCAUUAAUCCUCUUCAUCAGUGACUCUCCCAUCCUGUAAAGCUUCAGGUUCCUCUGAGUGAGCUGCCAGGGCUGCAGUGAGUUCCUUUGAAACAGCAAGGAGUGUGCAGGACAGCAGCAGCGUCUCCAGUGCCUGUCAAAGGGUGAUCGCUCAGGUUUGGGCCCUGCCAACCAGUCCCUGCAAAACAUUACAGGGAGCCACUCACACACCCUGUCAGCGGAUUGUCUAGUCAUGGGCACCGCCUCCCUGCUGAUGGUUACAGUUCUCACCCCUCUGCAUCUCAGUCCUGCCCUAUGCACUGUUUUUGUAUCAGUGUAACUCUGUGGCUAGGGGUGUGAUUUUUGUUACCAAUAGAGUUAUACUGCUACACUCCUAGAGUGAACUCAGUUAUGCUGGUAUAAAUGUCCUUAUCAUAGGCGCCGACUGCGUGGGCGCUCUGGGGCUGGAGCACCCAUGGAAAAAAAAAAUAGAGCUCAACACCUACCAGCAGUCCCGCAGAUCAGCUCCUCCCCCAGCGCCUCCCGACCGCCGUGAUCAGCUGUUCAGUGGUAUGCAGGAGGCGCUGGGGAGAGA